AUGGCAGCUCAAUUCUUCACCCUAAGCCCGUUCUCAUCAUCCCCAACUCCACAACCCCCAAUUCAAAUUCAACGCAGUAACUCAAUCCAUUUACCCAAAUCAACCCAAUUAUUAUGUAUAAGGGCGAAAUCGACACCAGUUUCAGUACCCUGGGAAGAGCAAAUUCCCCCAAAUGCCCUUCUCCGGCGGCGCGACCCGUCGUGGCACGGCGGCUUCAGUCUAGGCCUUGACUUAGGGCUGUCCCGCACCGGCGUUGCCGUCAGCAAAGGCUACUCAUUUCGCCCAUUAACGGUUCUUGAGUUAAGAGGGCAGAAGCUUGAACUCAGGCUUCUUGAGAUUGCUGAAAAAAAGGAAGUCGAUGAAUUUAUAAUUGGGCUUCCGAAAUCCAGUGCUGGGAAGGAGACAGAGCAGUCGAAUAAAGUUCGUAGUGUGGCCGGAAGGCUUGCUGUUCGAGCGGCCGAGAGGGGGUGGAGGGUGUACCUGCAAGACGAGCAUGGAACAUCUGCUGAGGCACUAAGCCAUAUGAUAGACGAGGGUGUCGGUAAAUCUGCUCGUCAUCGGAUGAUUGAUGCCUAUGCUGCUAUGAAGGUGCUCGAAAGAUACUUUUCAUCUUCGGGAAAAGGAGCUGUACUCGUGGUACCUAAGCAGUUGGAGCUCCAGAACAAGCUUCGAAUGGGUCCACCAAAGGAUGUCGAUUUCUUCCCAGAUUAA